AUGAGAGGCAUUCAACAAGGAAUAGGUUCUGCUCUGCUUUUUCUGGCACUUUAUGUGACUCAUCAAAUUCUACCAUCAACGCGGGCAUUUCUAAUAGAUUGCCAGGAGAACACUGCCGCAUGUUUGGAAGAAAUAAUGAAGGAACUCACCCAAGUUCGAUUUGACAUUAAAAUUCUCACGGAGAACAAAACACUGGCGAGACCUAAGAACUGUGUUGAGCUCUACCAUUCCGGUCAAAGGAUUAGCGGUGUUUACACAAUCGAUCCAGAUGGCUCAGGUGCCUUUAAUGUCUAUUGUGACCACACUACUUCCGGUGGGGGAUGGACAGUCUUCCAGAAGAGAAUGGAUGGCUCCGUUGAUUUUAAUCGCACCUGGAAUGACUACAAGCAUGGCUUCGGUAACUUGGUCGGUGAAUUUUGGCUCGGACUUGACAAUAUAAACCGUCUGACACAAAACAAGACAAAUAACAUGCUUCGAGUAGAUCUGGGGGUAACUGCGCGCCAAACUGUUCACGCUGAGUAUGAAUGGUUUGGGAUUGGGAACGGGACGGCUAACUACCGACUGUACAUUGGCAAUAUGACAACAGAUGCAACUGUUUCUUUUGAUUCCCUCAAACCUCACAAAGAUUUCAUGUUUGGUACCUGGGAUAGAGAUCCUGCUAAUUGUACUCUAAAAAGAGGUGGAGGCUGGUGGUAUGGCAGCAGUAGUGAUUGUGAUGUUUCGUCGAAUCUCAACGGAAUUUAUCCGCAUUGUCGAAAGGAAACCUGGGCCAAUAUCCACUGGGAUCAAUUGGAUCAAACCAGUCCCGAGGGCAGCGCCCCCACAUCAACUGAAAUGAAAAUUAGACCAGUGGAUUCUUUUUAAAACUUUCUGACGAUAAAGUGUUCAUAUAAAUAGUGACUUUUAAGUCUUCUGAAAGGUAAAAUUCGCUUUUAUUACAAUUGUG